CUCUGUCUUGUUCUCCCUGCUGACGCUCUGUUGCCGCCUUUCCUUCCUCAGAGGUGACGUAGUCCCUCUGGUCUGUUCGUCGCCUGCCCGGACUUCUUGAAUUCGCGUUUCUUCUCACUAUCUCCCGCGCGCGCGUCGACUCAGUGCAUCCGGCCUCCUUGGCUCACGAUGAAGAAGAAGAAGCAGAGCAAGCGGCAGACUCUCACUCCACAGGCAGCUCUCUCGGCGCGCUCGGCCGCCGCUGCAGAGCUCCAGAAGGCAGGCGCGUCCGAGGCUUCGUCUGCAGACAGCUCUUCGCUCCCGCCGUCCUUCUUCCUGCAGAAAGCCGAGAGUCUUCUCAACGCGUUUCCACCUGACUUUGCCCUGGCCCUCAAGUUCCUCAAACGCGGAGUGUCUGUGCACCCCAGCGACGUCUCGCUCCUCGUCCGCACCGCAGAGAUGCUCUCCGAGGAAGGCCAGCUCGAGGAGGCGAAGCAGCUUCUCCAGCGCGCGAUAGAAGUCGAGCCGGACCGGAAUCCAGAGAAGUUUUUCUAUCUCGCGCAAAUCGAAGAAGGUCGGGAGAGCCUCGAACUGUUUCGACGCGCCGUCACACUCCUCGAGACUGCCUUGCAGAGUCUCAACGCGUCCAUCGCCGACGCAGAAGUUCGAGACAAGCAGGCAUGUCACUCAGGCCAAGGAGCGACGGCCGCCGCGGUGCGUUUGUUGAAAGAAGAGCGGCGACGCGUCGUCCGGCAGCUGGUCGACGCGAAAUGCAGCAUGGGUGAGUUGUUCAUGACGGAUCUGUGCGACGCGGAAGAAGCUGAGGACGCAUGCAAGGCGCAAGUCGAAGGCGCGCUCGGCCUCGCGGAGGCACACGGCGCAGGUCUCCCGGACGCGCUCCACCUACAAGCCUCCUUCCUCAAAACCACAGGCGACAUCGAUGGUGCCCGAGCGGCGGCCCUGCGCGCAGCUCAUCUCAUCCACACCCAGCUGCAGAGACGCGAGGAGCUUCUUCGUCUCCUUCCAUCUUCUUCUCCAGCUUCUUCUUCUGAGGAGGAAGAGGAUGUGAGCUGCAGAGAGUUGCGCGUCAACUUGGCGCGCGUUCUCAUCGACGUCCAAGAAGCAGAUGCCGCAGUUCUCCUCGUUUCCUCCUGCAUUGAAGAAGAUGAUCAAGACGCUGACUCCUGGUUGAUUCUCGCUUGCGGCCUGUACAAGGCCAAGAAAUUCGCCGCUGCAAGAGACAGUCUGGAGCAUCUGCAGCAGUUGCUGACGUCCACCGGUCUGGCGGCCGAGGCGGACCAUCCCGUCUGCGUUCACACUCGCGAGCUUUUGCGAAUUGUGAAGGAAGAAGAGAAGAAGGAACCGCAGGUCGAAGACGAUGACGAUGAUGCCUGGGAAGACGAAGAAGAAGCGCCCGAUGUGGAUAUGAAUGAAUGA